AUGUUCUUAUGGGGGAAAGUGUUCUUAUGGGACAAAAUGUUCUUAUGGGGGAAAGUGUUCUUAUUGUGCUUAUUUUUCCUUUUCUGCAUUUCCCAUGGAUUUCCUUUUCACACCACACAUGGCAGUAGCGGAACGCCUUAUCAUCACCAUAGCAGAAUUUGCCUUUAUCACAGUGAAGGAAGGGCUCACCCUCAUGUUCUUUGUUCACGGCGCCGCGUGCCACCGAGUAAAAGGUGCGGUUUGAUGGCCGCCAUGUCACGAGGGGAACGGGGAAGGGUCAUCUUAGUAGAAAACUCUUUCUUUCCCUACUUCAGCGCGGAGUAA